AUGACCGCCACAGCGUGGGAAAAUGACAGACAGCCAAAGGCGUCUUCUAGUGCUUUACCUACCCAGGACCCCAGAGCCGAGGACUUGGUGGGCCCCUUUGCGAGUAUCAAAGAUGAUGCCAUUGACUCUGGCACCAUCGCCUCCCUGGUGGCCACAAUGGCUGACGGAACGAGCUCCGUGCUCCACCUCCUCUCCGGCACCGACACCCUCAUCGGCCGCCACCCCCACUGCACCUUCCAGCUCCCCCACCCCUCCUGCUCAAACACCCACCUGCGCCUCUACUCGGUCGUCUUCGAGGCGCGCUGCACGCCCCUGAUCUACUGCGAGGACCUCUCGCUCAACGGCACCUUCCACAACGGCCGUCGCAUCGGCCGUGGCACCAGCGUCCUCCUGAGCUCCGGCGACAGGAUCGACAUCCGUAACGCUGCCUGCUUCAGCUUCAGCCAGGUUGCAGAGGAGCAGGAGCAGGAGCAGGAGGGAGAGGAGGAGGGGAGGCGCGCGUUUGCGGGCGAGUAUGAGCUCUCGCGGAGGAUCCUGGGCGCGGGAGGCUAUGGGCGCGUGUAUAUGGCGUGGGAGGUCGGGACGCGCAGACAGGUUGCGUGUAAGGUUAUGGAGCUGCGGCCCGAUGCGAAGGGGAAGGGCGGGAAGAGGAAGAAUUGGGCGAGGUUGAGGGAGAUGUACAUGAGGGAGAUUGAGGUCUUGAGGAGCUUGAGCCAUCCCAAUAUCAUGAGCAUCCAUAAGGCGUUCUCGACGAGCUCUAGGAUCUACAUCUUUGAGGAGCUGAUUACGGGUGGGGAUCUGUUCUCGCAUCUGGGGCAGAAGCUCUGCUUUGACGAGAUUGAGGCCAUGCCUGUUGUGUGGCAGAUUCUGAAGGCGCUGGAAUAUCUGCACUCGAAGGGAAUUGUCCACAGAGAUCUCAAGCCCGACAACAUCCUCUGCACCAGCAACGUAGCCGGCUCCCGAGUCGUCCUGACCGACUUUGGCUCCGCCCGCUUCUUCACCCCCGCUACGAGAAUGACCAGCGCAGUCGGCACGCUCGAGUAUCUCGCCCCUGAAGUCAUCCCGCCCACCCGCACCACACCCACCAGCGGCUACUCGCACGCCGUCGACCUCUGGUCCCUCGGCAUCGUCGUCUACGUCCUCCUCUCCGGCUACUCGCCCUUUGGCGCCGAGAGCGGCCCGACGCCCCCGCCCGAUGCGGUCCUGGCCAAGGCGCGCGCGGGGGAUCUUCGGCGGCUGGAUACGGGCGUGGAGUGGCGGGGUGUUAGUGUCGAGGCGAAGGACUUUAUUAGGGCGCUUGUGUGUGUGGAUCCGAGGAGGAGGAUGACGCUGGAGGGGGCGAAGAGGCAUGGGUGGUUGGGGAGGCAUGUGCUGGAGCUGGAAGAGGUGUAUGCGCGUGCGGUGGAUGGGUGGAGGAGGGAAAGGCGCUCUGCUGGGCCUGUGGUAGAGGAGGAGGGGGGUACUCGUGGCUCGGUGCAGCAGCAGGGCGGCGGUCAUGCGAGGGCUGCGAGGGGGGGAGUAGUUUUACGCCGAGCCUGUUUGGCUGUAGAAGAAGAAGGAGAAGAGGAGGAGGAGGAGGAGGAGGAGAUGUCGGAUGUGCCAGAGCUCCUAUUCGACCAGUUCGCGCCCAGUAGCCCACCGGCGCAGCAGCUUGAUACGGGAUUCGAGACCGAGGGGGAGGAGUGGCGCGGUGGGGCGCUGUAUACGGAGGAGGAGGACGCGCUGCAUGAUGCGGCGGCGGGCGACGGGAGGUUGAGGAGUGCUAUGGAGCUGGCGAGGGAGGUGGAGGCGAGGAGGGGGGAGAGGGGGAGGGGGUUGAGGCAGGGGGGUGAGGGGUGUGGUGGGGAGGGGGGUGUUAGGAGUAGGUUCUUUUGUUGA